ACCUACCUCCCUCCGUCCCUCCCAGCCGCCACCUUCCCCUUUAUACACCUCGCAAGAACUGAACCCCUUUCUCCCCCGUCCUCCGCCCUCCUCCCUUCUUCCUUGUGAUCUCCGGGUUCCCGUCUCAGAUUCCCAGGUUUGAUCCCUGAUCCCCCAGCUAUACCCGCACACCCUCCAUAUAUUCCUGGCUCUGCCGGCCUCGGAUCCGCCGUCGUCGCAGAGGCGCCCGCCUUCACCAGUUCUUGCCGCGAUUUGGGAACAACGGGGCUGCUUUCUUGAUCCCACCAAGUUUUCCUUGGGGUGAUUGGCGGCAGGAAAAGGAGCCAUGAUACCUGCUGUGAAGCUCUCUCCAGCCUCCGUCGCCUUCUCUGGCACCAAUCUACGGUCUAAAUCAGCUUUGGUCCCGUCUGUUUCCAGUCUCAAACCGACCAAAUCCGCGGCCUGCUCCCUUAGACCACUCUACCUUGCACCGUUAAAUGGCCCACACACUUCUGAGCUGAAGCCCCGGAGGCAGCAGCUUGAGUUCCAGUGUGCGGCUUCUGCGGCUGAUGACAAGGAGUCCAAGGCUGAGGUGGUGCCGGCCCCCUCAGAAGCAGCGGCAAAGUUGAAGAUUUCCAUCUAUUUUGCGACGUGGUGGGCGCUUAAUGUCAUCUUUAACAUCUAUAACAAGAAGGUUCUCAAUGCUUUCCCGUAUCCCUGGCUCACAUCCACACUAUCCCUCGCAUGCGGCUCAGCGAUGAUGCUCUUCUCAUGGGCCACCCGCCUAGUUGAGGCCCCCAACACUGAUGCAGAUUUCUGGAAAGCGCUCUUCCCGGUUGCCGUUGCUCAUACAAUUGGGCACGUUGCUGCGACAGUGAGCAUGUCAAAGGUGGCAGUGUCAUUCACACACAUUAUCAAGAGUGCCGAGCCUGCGUUCAGUGUUCUAGUGUCAAGGUUCAUUCUUGGAGAAUCGUUUCCGAUGCCUGUAUACCUUUCUCUUCUCCCAAUUAUUGGUGGUUGUGGUUUAGCUGCUGCCACGGAGCUGAACUUUAAUAUGAUUGGAUUUAUGGGUGCCAUGAUAUCAAAUCUUGCAUUUGUUUUCCGCAACAUCUUUUCGAAGAGAGGCAUGAAGGGGAAGUCUGUCAGUGGCAUGAAUUACUACGCUUGCCUUUCAAUUAUGUCCCUGGUCAUACUCACACCAUUUGCUAUUGCUAUGGAAGGCCCCCAAAUGUGGGCUGCUGGUUGGCAAACGGCCCUUAAAGAAGUUGGCCCCAAUGUUCUCUGGUGGAUUGCUGCACAGAGCGUUUUCUACCACUUGUAUAACCAGGUGUCCUACAUGUCUCUGGAUCAGAUUUCUCCAUUGACGUUUAGCAUCGGCAACACAAUGAAGCGCAUAUCAGUUAUUGUUUCGUCAAUCAUUAUCUUCCGUACACCUGUCCGCCCUGUCAAUGCGCUGGGAGCUGCCAUUGCUAUCUUUGGCACAUUCCUGUAUUCUCAGGCAAAGCAGUGAGGUUUCAACUGUUGAAGGUCAGGGCCAUGGAAGAAGAAUGUCUCUGCAAAAGAAAUAGUAGCAAGCGCUGGGGCCAAUUUUGGUUGUGCAAGUGUCUUGUAGAUACAGAGUUAGGCUUUCACUUGAGAGGUGUGAUAAUAAUAAUGGGCCAUGUUGCUGUUUUCUUGUUAUUUGUUAGAUCGCAAACUGAACUCCAGCGGCCAUGAUCUGUGGUUGAUUGUGUCUUGAAUAAAAACUGUCGGAAAUUCGUCGACACUUUCGCUCCUUCAACGUAACUGUUGUUCAA